UCUCUAGACUCUUUUAGUUAAGCAGCUGCUAAUUUAGGCUAAUAAAGGUCUGAGCAUAUGAGACAUAGUUUGACUUUGACUUUAUGGAUUUCUCUUUCUUCCCAAUGUUCCUACUUCCGCCUAACGUGCAAAUUUCCUCUUUGUUAUUCCAUUCCCUUUGCAAUUUUGCAUCUUAUAAUCUCAGACGUCUGUGGUUUCCUCUAUGAUAAUCGAAAGCCUUAGAUCAAAUAGAUGAAUAGAUUGACGAGCAUACUUGGGUCCUUUGGGAGAAGGAGUUCGAGUAGAACAAAGACUUCCGGACCAAGCCCCUCCCAGGAACUGGAUAAGGAAAUUCAUUUGAGUUUGGAUCUACUUGAUUUUAAGACAUCAAAUAAGGUCAUCAGUAAAGUUUGUAAGAUCCCAGGUGUCUCUUCUGUCACUCAUGAUGGGGACCGCCAGAUUACCGUCACUGGAACAGUGGAUCCAGAAGCUUUACAGAACAAGCUGAGAAAUUACCGGCCUAUGAUACAGAAGGUUGUGCUGAGGAAGAAGAACGAUUCGGGUGAAGAAGGUGUUAAGCUGAGGACUAAGCAAGAUUCAGAUGAAGAAAGUGGCAGUGAGAAAUCGAAUAAAGGAAAAAACUUGGUUCUGGAUGAGGAGUUUCCUAGGGGAGAAACGUACAGUGAUUGGAUGCCUUCACCAGUAUGUAACUGGGAAGAUUCAGACGACUUCGAUUCAGGGGACGACAUUACAAUCGUUGCAGACAAAUUCACAUCUGUAGCUCCCAAUAGGAGGCACUUGAACAAUGACUGGUACUCUCUCUGCAACUUCCUCAGCAACCGUAUGCCUCCGUUGACUCCCUCUGGCUGCAGCCCUGAUGAUGUCAUUGAUUUUCUUCGCACCCGGCAGUUUUCAGGUAGCAUUGAGGCUCUUGUUGGCCGUCUCAUUACUGCGAGUGAGGCACAUGGCCUAAUACCUGAGAACAAUCCUUUUCGCAGCCUAGCUGUAACAUCGUACCUGAAGGCUGCAAGUGGGGUGACCCAUGAAACAGAAUGCAUACUAAUCUUUUCAUGCAAUGACAACCUAGAUGUGGAUGAGACAUAUUUCAUUGAAUCCAUCUCAAAAGAGUUACUCAAGCGAGAGGUCAUCCCUUUGACGUAUAAUCUUUUGGGUAGAGAGAACCUGGAUAUGGAGAUGAUAUAUAGAUCUAGUGUUGGUAUUAUGAUACUUUCAGAUAGUUAUGCUUGUUCUAGACAGUCCCUGGAUCAUCUGGUGGCAAUCAUGGAACAUUGGAAAGCAACAGACCUUAUAAUUAUACCUAUAUAUUUUAAGGUAACACUUUCAGACAUUUGCGGGUUGAAAGGCAGGUUUGAAGCAUCAUUUCAGCUCCUUGAGAAAUCUCUUAAGGAAGACAGAAUUCAGAAAUGGAGGGCCGCCGUGACUAAAAUAGUGUCCAUCGGUGGACUUGAAUGGACUAAGGGGACUCAGUUUAUGCUUGCCGAAGAAGUUGUUAGAAAUGCAUCCUUAAGACUAUAUUUAAAAAAUAGCAAGAGUCUGGUUGGAAUCCUAGCAUUGUUAAAUCACUCCCAGUCUUCAGAUGUGGAAAUGGUCGAGAUCCUUUCGACGACCUAUGUUGUGUUGGGUAAGACAUCCAUUGUUAGAGAAAUUUUUGAACUACUAACUCCACAUUAUGAUCUGUGUUACUUCCUGCAAGACUUUCAUCUAAUGUGUCACAUGAAAGGGCUCAGGCAAUUGCGUGAUGAUUUCUUCUCUAACGUAUUUGGGGAAGAAAAACUAAGUAUAAGCGCUUGUGAUACAAAAUUGAGUUUCAUGAGGGACCAGUUCCAAAAUAAAACAAUUCUUGUUGUUCUCGAUGAUGUCAGUAAUGCCAGAGAUGCAGAAGCUGUGGUUGGAGGGUUUGGCUGGUUUUCUCAUGGACACACAAUCAUUUUAACAUCUAGGAGAAAACAAGUUCUUGUACAGUGUAAAGUUAAAGACCUAUACGAGAUCCCCGAAUUAUGCGAGUCUGAAUCUUUUCGUCUCUGCAAACAGUAUUUUUUGCAUGGAGAAAGUGCGGUCAUCUCAGAGCUCAUCAGCUGCAGUAGUGGUAUUCCAUUGGCUCUCAAAGUUUUAGGUUCUUCUGUAUCAAAGCAGCAUAUAAAGAAUAUGAAGGAGCAUCUCCACAACUUAAGGAAAUAUCCUCCUACUCAGAUUCAAGAAGCAUUACGGAGAAGCUUUGAUGGACUAGAUGAAAACGAGAAGAACAUAUUUUUGGACCUUGCAUGUUUUUUCAGAGGGGAGAACAAAGAUCAUGUGGUGCAACUACUUGAUGCUUGUGGGUUUUUUACAUAUUUGGGUAUCUGUGAUCUAAUUGAUGAGUCUCUCAUUAGCCUUUUGGACAAUAAGAUAGAGAUGCCUAUUCCUUUUCAAGAUGUUGGUCGAUUUUUUGUUCAUGAAGAAGAUGAGGAUCCAUGUGAGCGUAGCAGAUUGUGGGACUCCAGUGAGAUUGCUGAUGUAUUGACUAACAAUUCAGGAACAGAAGCUAUUGAGGGCAUUUUCCUGGACGUUUCUGACUUGACCUGUGAGUUGAGUCCUACUGUGUUUGACAAUAUGUAUAAACUUAGAUUGCUGAAGUUCUAUUGUUCCACCUCUGGGAACCAGUGCAAGCUAGGGCUAUCUCAAGGCCUCUGCACUUUACCUGCUGAGUUAAGGCUACUUCACUGGGAGAAUUACCCUCUCAAAAUUUUGCCAGAGAAAUUUAAUCCUGAGAAUCUUGUAGAGAUAAACAUGCCUUAUAGCAACAUGGAGAGGUUGUGGGAAGGGAAGAAAAAUCUCAAAAAGCUAAAGAUAUUGAAACUUAGCCACUCCAAAAAUUUAACUGAUAUCGGGGUGUUAUCAGAAGCCGUGAACCUCGAGCAUAUUGAUCUCGAAGGAUGUACGAGUUUAAUUGACGUUAGCACAUCUGUUCCUCAUUGUCGGAAGCUUGUUUCCUUGAAUAUGAAAGACUGUUCUCAAUUGCGAAGGUUGUCUGUCAUGGCUGAUUUAACAUCUCUCAAGCUUCUUAAUUUGUCUGGCUGCUCAGAACUUGAGAAGAUUCAGGAUUUUGCACCAAACUUGAAAGAGUUAUAUCUACCUUGGACUCCCGUAAGAGAACUUCCAUCGCUAUCAGUCGAUAAUCUCACUGGAAUUGUAACACUAGAUCUGGAGAACUGCAGAAGGCUUCAGAAACUGACAUUGGGGAAUAAACAAGUCGAUAUCUAGUCAAUCUUCUAUCAACUUUAACUGAGAAAAUGAGGCCGGACAUCAUCUGAAAGUGCUCUGGAUUCUUUAGUGUCAGUGUAAUUAGAGACGGAAGGUGCUUGACCAACAAUUGUGCUGAAGUAAAAGCUCACUAUCUUUAGGUGCUGAAGUAAAUACUCGCUCCAUUUUUUAUGGCAGUGGCUUCAUAUUGCGCAAGAUGUCAGAAUUGAAAGAUUCAAACAGUUAUUCCCGGUCAAUGUGUGGAGAACUGCCAUUGGGUUCUACAAACUUGAAGAUAUGCGUCUGCUUGUACAUAUAAUUAGAGAAACCUAUGCUAUUGGAUCCAUAUCAUAUCAACAUGUGUUAACCAGGUAUUCAACUACUGGUUAGUUGCACUGUAAGUGAUAUUGCGUUGGAUCCAUAUUAUCUCAUUGAUUAGGCAUUUUGUCAACGUUACCAACUUCUUUUUUGCUAUAGAGAUAUUGUUUUAGUAUUGA